AUGGAUACCUUACUUACAGCAGAAAUCGUGGCCAACUCUCCGCAAUUCAGGCGGAAAUCAUCCACCUUCGUUGAUGCUAUCCACGAUUUGCCAGAAAAGGCCGACCUAGCUCCAGCUCAACUGUACAGUACCGAGUCAGGACGACUCUUCCACUCUGGCCGUAUCGUGAUCAUCACAGUCGGGCUGCCCGCUAGAGGAAAAACACACAUCUCUGUUGCGUUGGCUCGGUAUCUGAGAUGGCUGGGGGUCAAGACGCGGAUUUUCCAUCUCGGAGACUACCGAAGAGCCACGAUUCCAUUUGGCGAGGAUAUGCCAGAAGACUACUUCUUUGUCAAUGCAUCGGCAUCGUCUGUUUUGCUCCGCCAGAAAAUCGUUCGCAAGUGUCGAGAGGACAUUUACCACUUCUUGAACCAUGAGAAUGGUCAGAUUGCCAUCUAUGACGCCGUGAAUCCCCUGGCUUCGGGACGGCGUUCACUCGCCAAGGAAUUCGCCAAGCACGACAUUGAGACGCUCUUCAUCGAAUCUUGGUGUGAUGAUGAGCGUAUCAUCGAGGAAAACGUUCGCCGCGUCAAGAUUUCGUCGCCAGAUUAUGUGUCCUGGACACCAGACGACGCAGUCAAGCACUACCUGACUCGAAUCAGCUCCCGCAUUCCCCAAUUUCAGACUAUGGAAGAGAAGGAUUUGAACUACAUCAAGAUGAUCAAUGCCGGCCAGCGACUCAUUGUGAACAACCGAAGCUUUGGCUACCUGUCUAAUCGCAUCGUGUUCUAUCUGCUGAAUUUGCACAUCAAGUCGCGACGAACAUAUUUCGUGCGAGCUGGUGUAUCCAAAGACCUAUCCUAUAAAUCCGACUCUAGUCUCUCCGAAAAGGGUGACGAUUACGCUCGCAAGAUGACAGAACGGCUUCUUGCUCACCGGGAGUCUGAGAAACAGGAAAUGAUCGAACGAGGGGAUGUAGGCUAUGAACUCCGGCCGUUGAAAGUCUGGACCUCCACCAGGCGCCGUACCGUUGAGACUGCAAAGUACCUCUAUGACAAAGGCUACAAAGUCCGUCAGCGAUCUCAGAUGAGUCAACUCAAUCCCGGUGUGUGUGAGCAGAUGUCGGAGAGGCGCAUUCGUGCGGAAUGGCCAGACGAGGUGGCCAAGCACGAGCUGGACCCUUAUCAUCACCGCUACCCUCGAGCAGAGUCCUAUCAUGACCUCGCCGUCCGUCUGGAGCCGGUCAUUCUUGAAUUGGAGCGGGAGCAAAACGAUUUGCUCAUAAUUGCCCAUGAGAGCGUGUUGAGAGUUCUCUACGGCUACUUGAUGGCGUGUAACGCAGCCGACAUUCCAUUCCUUGAAUUCCCACGAGACGAGAUCAUUGAGAUUAUCCCGGAGAGUUACCAAAACGAAGCUCGCCGGAUCCAUAUUCCCGACCUGCCAGAGGAGAUCAUUCCCGCCUCGCCCGAGGAUAUCAAGAUUCCGGUACCCCCAAGCGGUGUUGUCUCUCCCAUGCAAGGCCUCGGUAGCCCAAUGGACGGAUCUGGGACUCCGCAGAGUGGAUUGAGAACUCCGAGUGGUCUCCGCACACCUCGUGAGCCCGAGAGAAUCUCCCAGCAGCACGUCGAAGAUGUCGUCUGA